AUGGCCCGCCUGAUCGCCUACCAUGGUAUGGCCGACGACAUCGGCGACAUCAACACGGCCAACGAGGUCUACAAGGACAUCGGCGCCAUCGAGUGCACCGACAUGAUGCAGGAGCUGAUGAAACGAUUCAACGCGUCGACGAUCCAUGCAGUCAAGCGUGCACAUGUCAGCCUGGGUCACCCUUCGAACGCAGCGCUGGCGGUCGCCACGCAGCACGCGGGUGCCCCGGCAGAGUGGAUCCAGUGCGCCAGGCUCGUGCAGUGUGAGAUCUGUCUAGGCAGAGGCCCAGAGCGGUUCAACGAGGUGGUCUGCCCCGACGUCUACUACAUCACGUGGACGAGGAAGGAGAGGGAGAUCCUGGCCAUUAUGAACGAGUUCACACGCUACCAAGUUGACUAUCCGAUCUCGCAAGAGACGCUUCUGAAGGAAUCGAAACUAUGGGAGAAGCCGUGGAUAGCCAGCAAGCCUGAGACGAUGCGCAUGGAGAUGGGAGGCUCGCAGACGGCCAAGCGCACGCGCGACUGGAUGAGCAAGCGCGGCAUCAAGCUCGACCUGGCCCCGAAGGGUGCGCGCCACAGGGGGCAGCUCAGCAAGCGCCAUCUGCAGUUCGCCGAGGACUUGCUCAAGACCGCCCUCAGGAUGACCACCAGCCAGCGGAACGCCCUGAAGAACGUGCACGGGUUCUCGCCCGCGGCGCUGAUCUUGGGGACGCAGCCCAAGAUUCCUGGCGCCCUCUGCGACCGGGACUUCGGCCUGUCAGAGCAGGCCGCGCUGGUCGACACCAAGGGCGAGGUGCACGAGAUGAUGAUCAGGAGAACGGCUGCCGCGACGGCCAUCAUCGAUGCCAACUGCUCGCGCGGCGUGCGAGCGGCGCUGCUGGCGCGUAGCAGGCCAACGAGGAGAAACUACGAGAUCGGCGAGUGGGUCUACUUCUGGCGACCUGAGCAGACGCAGGGCUGGAGAAGUGCCGCUGGCGCGGCCCAGCUCUGGCGGCAGCAGUGGAGGCAAAGGUCAACUAG